UGUCAAUUUUGCAACGAAAUAGGACUUUUCUUUCCGAGCAGUAACAACAAGCGGGCAGGCAGUAAGGAUGGAGGAUUCAACAAACCCGAUGGCAGGAUUGGAUCAGCAGCAGCAGCAGUUGGUGGCCGGUAACGCGGGCUACGAGAACAACGUGUCGGCCCCAGCACCGACACCCUGCUACGACGAUCUGUUCCCGGCACUGCCGGAGAGUGAACCGCCACGCUUCAACAGCACCUUGUCGCCGUCCACGCAGAACAUGCGCGUCGGCAGCUCGAUCGUGACCCAGGUGUUUAUCGUGGCGUCCGGCGAGCGCAAGUACGAUUCGGACAAGUUCGGCGAGGGCGAGUCACUGCGUACGUGUCAUUCGAUCAUGAAGGAAACGAAUGCACACAUCGAAAUCUCGAGUGGCAAAGACCAGUCGCUGACGUUCCUGGUGACGGGUAAGGUGCACGAGGUGCUCGAAGCGCGCCGCAAAAUUCUGGUACACUUCCAGACGCAGGCCAGCAAGACGAUCAACAUCCCGCGCGACCACCACCGCUGGAUCCUGGGCAAGCGGGGUGAGCGGUUGCGCGAGCUGGAACGCACCACCGAGACCAAGAUCAAUGUGCCGCGCAUUAACGACGAAUCGGACGCGAUCACCAUCCUCGGUACGAAGGACGGCAUCGAGAAGGCGGAGCACGAAAUUCGCACCAUGUCGGACGAGCAGUCGCGCAAGGCGUUCGAGCGGUUUAAUGUGCCGAAGAUCUACCAUCCGUUCAUACUCGGUGCGUACGGUGAGAAUCUGGCCAAGAUGAUGGAGGAAACGGGUGCCAAGAUUAAUGUGCCGCCACAGUCGGUGCAGAAGGACGAGAUCAUCAUCACCGGCGAGAAGGAGGGUGUGCUGGCGGCGAAGGCACGCAUCGAGGCGAUCUACAAGGAGAUGGAGAAAAAGUGCACCUCGGUCGGGGUUGAGGUGGUACGAGCGCAGCACCGUUACGUGUAUGGGCCGCGCGGAUCCACCAUCCAGGAGAUUCUGCAGAAGACGGGCGUGUCGGUGGAAAUGCCGCCGAGCGAUUCGCCAAGCGAUACGAUCACGCUGCGCGGCCCGCAGGACAAGCUGGGCAAUGCGCUGAACGUGGUGUACCAGAAGGCGCACUCGAUCCGCACGGAGGUGCUCGAGUGUCCGCAGUGGAUCCAUAAAUACAUCAUCGGACGCGAAGGUGGCCACAUCAAGGAGUUUUCCGUCCAGCAUCCGAACGUGCACGUCGAGUUUAGUGAGGAUAAAAUCAAGAUCGACGGCCCACCGGAACAGGUCGUGAUCGCGUCCGAGGAGCUGCAGAAGAUGGUGAACGAUCUGACCGGACGCCUAAGGCAGGCCGAGAUGGUGGUGGAUCCCGUGCACUGCAAGCACAUCAUCGGCAAGGCAGGCGCCAACAUUAAUCGCAUGAAGGAGGAGUACGACGUGCAGAUCAACAUCGACGAGAAGAGCCCCAAACCGAUCCGCAUCGAGGGCCCGGCCGAGGGUGUGGCUAAGGCGCAGCAGGAGCUGAUGGAAAAGAUUGCCAAGUGGGAAAACGAGAAGGAGGAAUCGAUCAUCAUCGACCACCGGCUGUUCAAGACGAUCAUUGGUACGAAGGGUGAAACGAUUCGCGAGAUUCGCGAAAAGCACAACCAGGUGCAGAUCGUGUUUCCGGGCCCGAACGACAAGUCGGACAUUGUGAAGAUCCGCGGCAUGAAGGAGGACGUCGACCGGUGCCACAAGUAUCUGACGCAGUACGUGAAGGAGCUGCAGAAGAACUCGUUCGUGCUGGAGGUACCGGUUUUCAAGCAGUUCUUCAAGUACAUCGUCGGCAAGGGUGGUGCCAACAUCAAGAAGAUUCGCGACGAAACGCAAACCAAGAUCGAUUUACCGUCCGAAAGCGAUACGAAGGAGGUGAUCAUGAUUACGGGCAAGAAGGAGAAUGUGCACGAGGCGCGCGAUCGCAUCCAGAAGAUUCAGAACGAGAUGGGAAACAUCGUUUCGGAGGAGGUUACAAUUCCGGCAAAGCAUCAUCUCUCGUUGAUCGGUACGGGUGGCAUGCUGGUGAACUCGAUAAUGGAGGAGUGUGGCGGUGUGUCGAUCAAGUUCCCGAACUCGGACGCAAAGAGCGAUAAGGUAGUGAUCCGCGGCCCGAAGGAAGAUGUAGAGCGUGCCAAGCAGCAGCUGCUAGAGCUGGCAAGCGAGAAGGAGCUGUCGUCGUACUCGGUGCAGAUUCGGGCCAAGUCGCAGCACCACAAGUAUCUGAUCGGCAAGAACGGUGCUUCCAUUAAGAAGAUUCGUGACAAGACCGGUGCACGUGUUAUCUUCCCAGGCGUCAACGAUACGGACAAUGAAGUGAUCACGAUCAUCGGCAAAAAGGAGCAGGUCGAAGAGGCCCAGGCAGACUUGGAAGCAAUUAUCAAGAGCAUUGACAACAUCGUCGAGGAUGAAGUGAUUGUCCAGCCGAAGUACCACAAGCAUUUCACCUCCAACCGUGGCAAAGUGUUGCAUCGCAUCGAGGAAGAAUGUGGCGGCAUGUCGAUUUCGUUCCCGCGUAUGGACCGUGAUGAUCGCAACGAUCGCGUAAAGCUGAAGGGCCCCAAGGACUGCAUCGAGCCGGCCAAGCAGCGCAUCCUGGAGAUUGUGCAGGAACUGGAAUCAAUGGUAACGAUCGAGUGUUACAUUCCCGCACGCCACCAUCGCAUCAUGAUGCGUCGUGGCGGUUCGAUGGUGCAGGCCAUUACGUACGAGUUUGGUGUUAACAUUCGGUUCCCGGAGCGUGGCAGCUCUAAUGUCGAUAUGGCAGCACCAACCCCCGUCAUCGAUCCGGCUCAGCAGCAAAAUGGUAACGGUGAUGCGACGACGCAGGCUGCGGAAAAUGCCACGGCUGACGGUGGUGAGGUUGUGAAUGGUGGUGAGCAAACCGAACCCGUCCAGCGUCCCUCCGAUCUGGUGCGAAUCAGCGGCAACAAGGAAAAGUGUGAGCUGGCAAAGGAAGCACUACUGGCUUUGGUACCGCUGACCGAGGAGAUCAACGUGCCGUGCGAUCUGCACCGCUCGCUGAUCGGACAGAAGGGCCGUGACGUGAAGGAACUGAUGAACACGUACGAUGUGCACAUCGAGAUGUCACCGCAAGACAAGAAGCUCGACAUCAUUAAGUUGACGGGCACGAAGCAGGCCAUUGCGGAGGCAAAGGAAGCGAUUGCCGAGCGUAUCAAGCACCUGGAAGCGGAUCGGAAGGAUCGCGAGCUGCGCUCGUUCGAGGUGAAGCUGGAGGUGGACCCAGUGUACCAUCAGAAGAUCAUUGGUCGCCGUGGUGUGGUUAUCAACAAGAUCCGGGCCAAUCAUGAUGUGCAGAUUACUUUCCCGAAGCAAGACGAUCCACAGAACAGCAUCAUCACGAUCCAGGGGUAUGAAGAGAAGGCACUGGCAGCACGGGAUGAAAUUCUCGCCAUGGUCGACACGCUCAGCUCAGUGUACAAGGAAGAGAUUCAUCUGGACGAGCGCGUCCAUCGGCGCUUCAUCGGAUUCCGUGGCAAGCGGCUGCGCGAGAUUAAGGAACAGUUCGGUGUGGACAUUACCUUCCCACGGAUGGACGAUGCGGACAAGUCGCUGGUGACGCUUGCCGGCACACCGGACAACGUAGAGGCUUGCCGCGACUACCUGCUCAACCUGGAGGAAGAGUUCCUGCAGGACGUGUCGGCUGCCCCAUCCCAACCGACCACCUUCUCCCAGAUCAUGGAGGAUACGCUGGCAAACCAGCAAACUAACAAGCAGGGCUUCGUAGUGACCGGCGCACCGUGGGAACGUAAGGCGGCACCCAACACGCAAUCGCUUGAGGACUUCCCGGACUUUGGUGGACUUGGCGGUGGUCCGGGUGCACCGGCACCAGCCACCAAUGCAGACAGCAGCAACACGCAGACGCCAAUGAACUCCGCCUGGAAUCCAUCAUCCUGGAAUCAUUAA